AUGGUUUAUUUUUUAAUUGGAUCAACUUUAAUACAAGGAAAUUAAGCCUAAACUUGGGAAAAUAUAAGAAAGGAAGUAUCAUCUCUUAGCUAGAAUUUGAAAUAAAUAGAUGUUGAAUCUUCCAAAUUCAAGUUAGGUAAUUUAGAUUCUUUAAUGCAUGCAAAUGAAACAAUGCUCAAAUUAGAAUAAUAAAUAGAAGGUCUUUUAAAAAAAAUCGAAAGAUAAUAUUUAGAUUUAACAGAAUAAUAAACUGCCGACUUUAAAGUUGAAACUAAAAACGAUGUUUAUACUCUUCCUAAUUUUGUAUAAACAUUUAAAUGGGACGACGCCACUUUUUCAAGAAGUAACCCUCUUCCAGAACUUUUAAAGAUAUUAAAAACAAGAAUGAGUACUAUUGAAAACGAUAUUCGUUAAAAAACAACUGCAUUUUAAGAUGCAAAAAAUUAAUCAAAUGUUAUUGCUAUGAAAGAAGGAAAUUUAUUAGUAAAAGAUUUAGGUGAUGUAUUAGAUAGUGGAAAAGUAAAACCUAAAGACUUUAUUUAUAAUGAUUCUGUAACAACUGUUUGUGUUAUUGUUUAAAAAUAGUAAAUUGAAAAAUUCUAAAAUGCAUAUGAAACUAUUCAUCAUUGUGUAGUCCCUGGAUCUGCUAAAUAAUUUGAUAUUGAAGAUAGGGAUGGAUAUACACUUUGGAGAGUUUUAGUAAUGAAAUACGAUUAUAAGACUAUUUAAAAAUAAUUAUUGAACUAAUCUAACUAAGAUAAGGAGAAUAAUAAAAGAUAGAAAACUCCUGUUGAAGAAUUUAUGGCAGCAAUGAGAGAUUAACUUAAAUUAACUGUACGAGAAUUUGAAUAUAAACCUACUGAAUAUAAGGAGAGAGAAAAAUAGAGAACUGAAUUGUAGGUUAAAACUAAGAGUUUAAGCAGUGUACUUAAAUAAACUUGUGAAAAAAGCUUUGGUGGUUUAUAUAAUACUUAUAUUCAUUUAAAAUAUUUAAGAUUAGUUGUUGAUAUUGCUACUAGAUUUGGAAUUAAAAAUAAAUUUUCUACAUGUUUGAUUGAACCUUCUAAUGGAAAAGAAAAAUAAAUAUAAGUUAGAUUGAUGAAAUUAUUCGGAGAUCCAUAAGAAUUAGGUAUGUAUGGUACUAAGGAAGAACUUGAAGAUACUGAAGAUUUCUUUCCUUAUAUUUUUGUUCCCAUUAAUAUAUGAAGAAAUCAAUAAACUUAAAAAAAUAAAUAUUAUAUCAUAAAAUAAUAAUAUUCAUUAAUUAUUUAAAGGGAAAAAAAAUAAUGUUUUUCUUUUUAUAUUUUUUUUUAUUUUGACAUAAAUAAUAUUUAUAAAUUUUAC